AUGAGGGUAGGUGAUGUGACACUGCUUGCGCAGGUCGUUGGUAAUGCACUGAAGCACCAGCUAACUCUCGGUAUAGAGAAGCAGAGAGAGGUCCGCCGUCUAGUCGAUUGGCUUGAUAGAGACCUGUCCGAAAAGAAGCUCUCGUCGUCAGAGAAGGUAAAAAUGAUCCUGACCCUCCGUCAACAUGGAACAACUCCAGAUAAUGCAGACGCCAUAUACUGCAAAGACGGCAUCGCGCUUCUGAUAAAAUACGGACUGGACGGGGAGACAGCUGAUAUUCGACGCGCCGCGCUGCGAACCAUUGCAAACGCGCUCUUGCUGAAAAGUGACAUGAGGCAGGUCUUUGUUGAUACCGGAUGUGUCGGAAAGCUGGCCGAGAAGCUGAGGACCGAGAACUCCGACGAUGAGAUGAUAGUUGCCCGCAUUCUCUUCCUCACAACAUACGAUACAGAUUUGAGCUUCAAAUCAUUGAUAACCGAGCACUAUCUCGGUGAAAAUGUUCAUUAUGUAGGUGAUGCAUAUAUUGAAGACAUUCAGGAUGAAGGAUUAAUUUUCCACCAGCAAAUAAGGCGCCAUUCAAAGCAAAUUCCCAAAAGUGGAAAGAAGACACUCACAGCCAUCGACGAAUCGGCUCUUACUGACGUCCUGAAACUGGUUUUCAAUGUCUGCAAACUUAAUCCCGAUCUAGCUGAAACAUUCACCCAGUCGAUUCCAUAUAUGUUUAAGAUCAUCAGCCGAAUUGAUGCCCCCCCACAGCCACUUGAUGGACUAAUUGGAUAUCUUGUCAAUGCUCUAUCAACAUUGGAUCUCACAGAUAAGCCGGGCAAAUUCGAAAGCAGCCCGUUCUUUCCGAAAUUCAACCCGAACUGCAAUGUUGACAAGCUGAUUAAUGUUUUGGAUGCGGCUGUGCGACAUUACGAGACCAAUGAGCUGGAGACUCGGAUAGUGCCUCUGAUUCAACUGCUCAUUACCAUAUAUGAACAGGCCCCAGAGGGGCCGAGGAAGUACAUGGAAUGGCUUCUUCUUCCUGAAGAUCAAGAUCGCAGCGUCCCUAUUGGAAGGAGCGACACAUUGUCGUCCAAAUUGCUGAUGCUUUCUACAACCCCAUCAGUGCAUCUUAAGACCGCAAUAUCAGAGCUCUACUUUGUCCUUUCAGGAAAGAACCCCGAGAACCUGACGAAGAACAUUGGAUACGGAUUUGCCGCUGGAUUCCUCGCUUCUCGUGGCAUAGAGAUCCCGCGAGACGCGAAUGAAGCUUUCGCUACAAACCGGAGCAAUAUCAACCCUGCCUUUAAUCCAAUUACUGGUCAGCGCUGGGAUGCCGAGCCACAAGAUACCGGCCCUGCGAUGACCCAGGAAGAACGCGAGCGCGAAGCCGAACGACUAUUUGUGCUUUUCGAGCGAGCCCGUGCCAAUGGAUUCAUCGCCGAGAACCCCGUCGCACAAGCAGUGCGAGAGGGAAGAUUUGAGGAGCUCCCAGACGACGCCGACAGUGACCUCGACUAA